CUCGCUCCUCCAAAAGGCGCCGAGCCAACGUCGGCCAUGGGGGCUUAUUAGCGGGAGGGGGGCGGGGGCAGCGGGCCGAACGGGUCGAACCCCGGGGCCCGGGAGUGUAGCACGCUGGACCAGCCACCGGCCGCCGCCGGGUCCACCCGGUCGCUGUAUAGGCAGAUUGCACAGCCGACGGGGGCCGGGGCCGGCACCGCGGCCGCCACCCGGGCGGCAAUGCUCCAGACAAGCACCGUGCCAUCGAGCAGGUGAAGGAGCAGCUGGCUGCCGGCCGGGCUGACGGGCGCCGCGCCACGCACGGCAUGCCGCGCGCACAGCAGCUCCAUCCACGGCUCGAGGCGGGCCGGGCACGCCGACGAGGCCGACGCGCCCGGCCCCGGGGCCUCGCUCUCCAACAGAACCAGGCCACCGGUGGAGGGGACCACGGCCGCCAUGCGAUCCGGCCCCAGCGCCACUCCCAAUGCCGGGACGUGCAUGCCAUGGGGCAGGAAAAAUUGCGAAGGGAGGCGCCCGGCGGCCGGGCUGGCGCCCGGCCGGCCGAGCGACCAGGCCCCGGCUCCGGUCCCGGCCGGGCCCACCAGCAGCCGGCAUGUCCCGGCCUCCGGGUCCAGCACCGAAGUGCCCGGCUGGCCGGUCACCGGCAUGCGAAUGGCCAGCAGCUGGUCCGCGUCGGAGGCCUCCCCGAGCGAGGGAUACCCGGAUCCGGCCAGGCUCCCGGCCACGGAGAAGGUCCCGGCCAGCAGGACCAGCAAAGGCCCGCCAUCCGAAGGGACCGGGCCCAGGACCGUCAGCGAGGAGAUCAUGCACGAGCCGGUCGGCGCCACUAGCGCAGUCAGCAGCGGCUCCAGGGGUGGUGGCGGCGCCGGCCCGGCAUGCGCCGGGGGCGAUGACCACGAACACGAUGACGAUGACGAUGACGAUGACGAUGACGAUGCUGGUGGCGGUGUCUGAAGGGGCGGUGCCAGCCCGGUCGACAGGGAGGCCGGGGCGCCCGCCCGCGCGCACGGCGACCCCAGGGCUGGCCAGUCCAGCAUCGGGUCCGGCGCCCCUGCGCCAGGGCCCGGGUCCUCGUGCAGCGCCGCCGGUAGCUGGUCCUCCAGGCGCCCCGGCGAGGGCGACGGCGGUCGCGACCGAGCCGCCCAGGGCUGAGACGGCGUGCGCGGCGACCCGAAGAGCCCGGGCACCAUGGCCGAGGCGACCAAGGGACCGGGCGAGCUGGGCGCACUUCCGCCAGGCCGCGGGCGUGCUCGCGCCGCGCUGGCCCAACUGGCCGGCGGCGAGGACGACCCGGCCGACCGACCGCCAGGGGGCCCACCCGGCGGCGGGCUUACAGGCAGCUCGGCUGGGCCUGCCGCGGGAGGGCUGCCGGGUGCUGCGGCGGGCAUUUCCUCCGCCGCCCGCGCCACCGCCGCCGGCGAGCCACCGAGGGCCAUUGCCUCCUGGGCGCCCCGACCAAGGGACGGACUGGCCGGGGUCGCCGGCGCAGCGGGGUCCCGCCGCGAGGUGACCAACGACCGGCCCUUCUUCUGAGAUGCCGACCGGGGGGGUCGAUUUGGGGCGUUGCCGCCGCCGCCGCCGCCGCCGCCGCCGACUGGCCCGCCCAUAGACGCUGCAGGGCCGACGUCCUGGCCCCACGCCGGUCGGGGGGAGGUGCCCGGCCGGCCGGCCGACCAGCGCCCGGUCCCGGGCCCGGACCGGCUGCCAGUUGCCGGGGAGUCCAGACGGCCGCCGGCACCCGGGCCGGCUGCUGGCGUACGCGGGGACCAGCCCGGCGUGCCGACCGACUGCGAGUCCAGCCAGCUGGCCGGCGAGCGCCAGCGCCGCAACGCCUCCUCCCCAAGGGCAUCCCGGCCGGCGAGCAGCAGGUCGGCCGUCAGGCGCGACAGCGCCUCGGCCAGGUGGCCCUCCUCGAGCGAAGCCGGGCGAGCAAGGCGGCCGGAACCCCCGGCGCGCACGCCAUCAGAGUGCAGCCGCCCGAGGAGCGCAUCGGCGAAGGCACACUCCGCCUGCAUGGCCGGGCCCACCGACAGCGACCGGGGAAGAGUGGCCCGGGGCCGGGCGAGCUCGCACAGACGCCGGGCCACCACCGCCGGGCAGCGCGCCUGGGCCAGGGCCCGUGCCGCUCCCCGCGGCCGGGCCACCGCACCAACAUGCCGAGCCCACCGGAGCACAUCCCCGGUGGCCCAAACCCCAAGCAGGCCGUCGCAGCUGGCCGCCGCCAGGAAGUCCCCCCCGGCCGACGGAGCCAGCUGCCAAAUCAGGACGUUUGUACACCAUUGCGCCAUGAAGAGCGAGUCUCGCAGGCUCGCCGGCAGGGGGGCCACCGCCGAGGCGCAGGUGGUCACCGCCGAGGCGCAGGCGGUCACCGGCCCGGGCUGGGGACCCGCAUCACAGGCCAUGCACCCGGGCAAGAGGGCAGCCCCCGGGGCCGUGUCCUCGGGGGUCGAGCCCGGCCCCGGCUCCCCCCGGCCCUCGGGGUCCAGCUCGACCACCAGGGCCUGGAUGCCGGCCGCCGAGCCGACCGCCAGCAGUAACGCCCCCGGGGAGGCCGGCGCCAAGCAUAGGGCCGUGAUCUCGGUGGUGUGUCCGAGCACGGCCGGCGGCCGGCCGGCCAGAUGGAUGCCCCCGGAGGCACACUCCGCCUGGAAGACCUCGGCCACCAGAACCGCCCGAUCAUCCGUGGCCAGGGCCAGGAAGUGCCGGGCCCCGAGGCUGGCGGCCGCCAGCCGGACAAUGGUCGAUCGCGGCCCCAGAAGCGGCCAAUGCUCGGGGACCUGGCCGACGAGCCUCGGCGAAAGAUCGCCCGGGAGCAGGCGCCCCCGGGCCACCGUCCACCGGAGAGGGCCACCGGUGGUCGGCUCGAGCCGCGGCUCGCUGGGAGCGCCAUCCCCCUGGCAGCCGGCCGGCGGCUGGCCGACGCACAGCCACAGCCCGGGACCCGAUACCAGCAAGCCGAAGACCGCCACCAGGUGCUCGUCCUCGCCCGGCAGCUGGAACAGCGGCACCACGGUCCCGGUAAUGGCUGCCGCCGCCGCCGCCGCCG